UGUUCGACAAAGACCUACCAAUUCUGCCUCAAAUCAAGCAUGUAAUGCUGCAGGUACAUAAGGAGGACAGCGUUCCAAACCUGUCAGGAACCAAAUCAUCACAGCGUCAUUGAAUCAUUCUCGACAGCUCUCUGCAAAAUGACUAUCGCUCUCCUGAUCACCGGCGCCACCGGCAAGCAAGGUGGUGCUGUCGUCGACGGGCUACUGGCCCAGGAUGCAGAUGUGGAGAUCCUCGCCGUCACCCGCAAUGCCCAGUCUCCAGCGGCCCAGAAACUGGCUCAGAAGUCGGACAAGGUUAAGCUGGUUCAAGGCGAUCUGAACAAUCCUGCGGGGAUUUUUGAAAAUGCCAAGACAGCCUCAUCCUUGCCUGUUUGGGGUGUUUUCAGUCUCCAGAGUCCCUUUGCUAAAGGCGAGAGUCUCGAAAGCGAAGAACGCCAAGGCAAGGCCUUGAUCGAUGAGGCAAUUAAACAACGCGUGCAACACUUCGUCCAAACAUCUGUAGACCGCGGUGGCGAUGCCUCGACAGACAACCCCACCAAUGUUCCUCACUUCAUUACCAAGUAUAAUAUCGAACAUUACCUAUUCGAGAAGACCAAAGAUGGUUCUAUGGAUUGGACCGUUCUGCGACCCGUGUUCUUCUACGACAACCUUACAGCGGACUUUAUCGGCAAGGUGACCUUCACUUCCUGGGAUGCAUAUCUACAGGGAAAGCCUCUCCAAUGCAUUGCAACUAGCGAUAUCGGCAUCAUUGCGGCUAAGGUCCUCCUGCAGCACGACCGAUUCAAGAACCAGUGUCUCUCCCUAGCGGGCGAUGAGCUCACCUUCGAGCAGAUGGCAAAGAAGUUCAAAACCCAAACGGGGCAAACUGUGCCGACUACGUUCCGUUUCGUGGCUUACUUCAUUAUGAUGAUGGCUAAGGAUUUGAGGUUCAUGUUCAAGUGGUUCUAUAAUCACGGAUAUGGUGCCGAUAUUAAGCAGAUCAAGCAGAUCCAUCCGGGGUUGAAGGAUUUUGAUACCUGGUUGAAAGAGGAAAGCCAAUUUCUCAAGCAUUGAUGUGUGAUACCUGUUUCGGAGUUGGUAUAAUGUUCUCAGUUUAUAUCAUUUUAAAUGAUUUUUCUAUUGAUAUAAUGUAUCUAGUUUGAAUUUACUUGGCGAACUUGGUCCACUAGGUCUGCUUCAUGUUAGGCAAAAGUGAAAUUUACUACAACUCUAAUGCAG